GUUAGCAUUUCAGGUUGAGGCGGUAGACUCGAGAGAGCGAGGGAACGAGGGAGUCAGGAAGCGAGGGAGUGGCUUGCGGGGCCCGUCGGAGCAACAGCUCAGGUGAUCUCAAACAUAAACCAGAGCUCCCUGUCCCGGUCGCAGCUCAGACGUACGCGGUGAGCAUGGCGAACACACUUCCCGUCCUGUGGGCCCUCACGGCAGCUGCCUUGCUUUGUCGCUCAGCGAGCUUCCGUCCUGAGUUGGAUGGGGUGAAGGACUACGAGGUGAUCACACCAGUCCGACUGCACACUUUGCACAGGAGAGAUACCCAGUCCUCCCGACCUGACGUGAUGAAGUAUAAGAUACCGGUCGAGGGAAAGGACACUGUGAUGCACUUGGAGAAAAACGAGGGUUUACUGGCAGAAGGCUACAGCGAGACGACCUACACCCAGGAUGGGACCCCAGUCACUUCCACCCCACAGAACUUGGACGACUGCUACUACCAUGGGAGGAUAGUGAAUGACUCAGAGUCCACGGUCAGCUUGAGCACUUGCGACGGUCUGAGGGGCUACUUCAGGACAGCUGCGCGACAGUACCUGAUCGAACCUCUGUCAGGUGCGGAGGACGGAGCCCACGCCCUCUUCAAAUACGAGGCCGUGAACGCGGAACCGCCAGUGUGUGGGGUCACCAACAGCAGCUGGGAGCCCGUUUACCCCCCAUUGAUCAGCAAAUCGCGCUCCCGUAGCUCAGGUCUCUCCCCGCUUCAGCAGCAGAAGUACGUGGAGCUUUACCUUGUUGCAGACAACAGGGAGUACAAGAAAAUGAACAGCGAUAUAAAUGAAGUGCGGAAAAGGAUAUUUGAGAUUGUGAAUUAUGUCAACGUGGUGUACAAGCCUCUCAAAACCUUUAUAGCCCUCAUCGGACUGGAGAUAUGGACAGACCAGGACAAAAUCUCUGUGACAACCCCUGCUGGAUCGACCCUGGAUGCCUUCACCAACUGGAGAAACAACUACCUACUGAAGACCAAACCACACGACAACGCUCAUCUGAUCUCUGGCAUUGAUUUCGACGGAGCUACAGUGGGACUGGCCUACAUCGGUAGUCUGUGCACAGGUCACUCCACCGGGGUGGUCCAGGAUCACAACUCCAGGGCCAUUGCAGUAGGGGCAACGCUGGCCCACGAGAUGGGGCACAACCUGGGUAUGAAUCAUGACUCCAGUUCCUGCAUCUGCACAGGCAGCACCUGCAUCAUGUCCGCUGCUCUCAGCUACGACAUUCCCGAGAACUUCAGCAGCUGCAGCGAUGCAAACUACGAGCAGUUCCUCACCUCGCGCAAUCCGCCGUGCCUCUUCAACAAGCCGGACUAUAUGUCACUCAUCUCCACGCCGAAGUGUGGAAAUGGCUUCGUAGAGAAUGGAGAGCAAUGUGACUGUGGUACCGUUGAGGAAUGCAAAAAUCCCUGCUGCAAUGCCACAACCUGCACCCUGACAGCAGGGUCACAGUGUUCUGCUGGAGACUGCUGUGAGGACUGCAAGUUCACGCCACCCUCCAGAGUGUGCAGACGGCAGCAAGACGAAUGCGACCUGGCCGAGUACUGCACAGGGAAGUCUACGGAAUGCCCGGAAGACGUCUUCACUGUCAACGGGCUCCCCUGCAAGGGCGGCCAGAGUUACUGCUACAACGGGUUGUGUCCCACAAAGGCAGAUCAGUGUGUCAAAGUCUGGGGCAGCACUGCUGAAGUGGCAAAACCAUCUUGCUAUGACCAAAACACCAGAGGAACGUAUUAUGCCUUCUGCAACCGUCCAUCCAGGGAACAGUACAUUGGAUGUCAGAAAAAGGAUGUGAUGUGCGGGAAGCUAUUCUGCAUCGAAGGCAAUGACAACCCCAACUACAACCGCUUUGUGAAGUUCCUUGACUGCAAAGCUAUAUUCAGCGAUGAUCCAGAUAAUGACUUUGGCCAAGUGGACACCGGGACCAAGUGUGGCGAUGGAAUGGUCUGCAAGGACCACGAGUGCGUGAAUCUGGAGACAGCCUACCGAGCAACAAACUGCUCAGCACGUUGCAAGGGCCAUGCAGUGUGUAACCACAAGCAGGAGUGCCAGUGUGAGCCAGGGUGGCUGCCACCAAACUGUGACAGCAAGGAAUACACACCACUGUCUCCAGGAACAAUUAUCACCAUCAUAGUGAUUGUCAUCCUCUUGAUCUUGAUCGUGGUUGGCGGGCUUGGAGCGUUCCUGUACAUGCGCAAACGCCGAGCCUCAACAUCCCACAGACGCGUGCGCCUCAAUGACAAGCCGGGAGUGAACAAUCCUGCCUUCAACCAUCAGCCGAAACCGUCUGAUUUCCAAGUGCAGGUGCAACGCCCCAAAGGACCCCCUCCGCCUCCACCCACCAUCUCUGCUCAAGCUCAGUCUCCAGCGCACAACCUGGUUGCUGCACGAAAGGCUCUGAGACCACCACCACCUCCUCGCGUGUGACACCCAGUCUUCCGUGAUGCAGACACACCCACCCGAUCGCUCACACGUGUCUGGGCAGGGGCACUGCUGGGUGCCGAGUGCACUCAACCCAUCGCUCCAGCAUCGACUGACACGAUUUCAUACAUGAGACUUUUACGUGACAGAAAAGUGUCCCGUCAGUCACAAGCCACCAGGACUCCAAUAGUUAACCAAGGGCUUCUGAACUUUGGAUGUUUCCAUCCUGAAACUCACCAUGAAUGAGCUGCUGAUCAGUGUUGACCUGAAAGGUUUCCUUCUCGCUUAAUUUCACAUAAAAACACAAGCUAAUAUUAGAGUUGACUUUAAAUUGUAACUGCAUUGGUGGGUGUUCAUUUUAAUCUAUAGGAAUAUUUUAAUACUGUAAUUUUUUUGCACUUAAGUGAAUUUUCUUUUCUGAAAUGUGAUGUAAUUAUGGUGUAUUGUUUACAGUCCCCUCAUGUAGUUUAAAUCAACUAUACUGCUAGAUCAUAAUUAAUGUCCUUGAGGAAGGACACAAGCCAUAUGUGGAUACAAUUUCACAUAAAACAAAUUCACAAAAUGCUAAAGAGGAUUUAAGAGGACAGCUUUGGGCAAAGUGGUCAAGGUUUUUGACCAAAGCGUUCAGUAGGUAGGAGUAGGAGACUCUGCCGCUCCUUCACGGCACUGACCUCUCCAGGCAAGGAACUUGAACUGGAGUUUUAGAAGUAUUUUCUACAUAGCAAGAGAAAAUUUUUUUUUUUUUUUUUUUUUUUAUAAAAAAACCAAGAUCUUGUAAAGACUUUUAAAAAUGUUUCCCUAAUAUGUAAAGUUCAAUUUUAUAUAGCAUGUUUACGUUUAUUUAUUUUCCAACAACUAAAUGCACAUUGUGAUUUUU